CCUUCUCCAGAGUCGAGACUCCUCCCCUAUCCCCUUCCUCGCCCGCGCAGCCCCCCUGCUCUGACCUACCCAAACCCCAACCAGUUCGGCUCCAAAAUCUCACCUACAGACCUGGAGCUGCCGCCGUCCCGUAGCUUUGCUUGGCCGCCGACGCCUCAACCCCUCCCCCCCAACAGCCCUAGAACCCUCCCGCGCUGCCGCCAUCGCCGUUCCCUUUCUGCCCCGCACAUUUGUUUCCAAGCCACAAGCGCAUCCUGCCCUGAACUUGCUGAGAUAUAAAGUACUUGAAAGUUGAAACAUAACUACAGUUAUCGAGCUGAGGUGCUGUGUUUGGCAUUGUUCAGUAAUAGCAUAAAUGAGGCUAAUCAUCGGGCAAGUUCAUCGGAAUGUUCUUGCGCUGGCGUCAUCUCGGUCAUGCUUUGUCAUCGGUGACCAUCUCCCGUUCAGAAUGCUGUCGCUGCCACGGGCCUCUGGGUUCCAUCAGACUGCUUGGCGGGGUAGUCAAACCGUCGAGGAUAGCGGCAGCACACUAACUCUGGCUAGCCUGGAAGUCCAAAGCAAAGCUGAUUAUGUGAAGAAGGAAAGGGUGCCACAAAGCAAAGCUGAUUAUGUGAAGAAGGAAAGGGUGCCACAGAGCAAAACUGAUUAUGUCAAGAAGGAAAGGGUGCCACGAACCGGAGGUCCGAAGCCAAGCUCAAGAGAUUCUGCUUUCAGCGCGAAACCAAAGAAGGUUUCUUCGCUUCAUCUGAAGCCAGCAAAGAGUGCCUUACCAAAGUCGCCAGUGGUGAAGAAGAAACUGAAGAUCGAUGAGGCUUUAUUUUCUGCAAGUUCAUUUGAAGAGCUCGGUCUGCCACCUUUGCUCAUUGACCGGCUGAACAAGGAAGGCCUAACCUCUCCAACUGAGGUCCAAUCUGCUUCUAUUCCUGUCAUAUCUCAAAGGCAUGAUGCGGUUAUUCAAUCAUAUACAGGGUCAGGGAAAACACUUGCGUACCUUCUCCCUAUUCUUUCUGAAAUAGGACCCCUGAAGAGGGCUAGAGAGCAGGGUAAUUCUGAGAAGAGAUCAGGUAUAGAAGCUGUUGUUGUUGCUCCUUCAAGAGAGCUAGGAAUGCAGAUAGUGCGAGAAGUGGAGAAGAUUCUGGGUCCUGAUGAUAAGAGACUUGUCCAGCAACUUGUUGGCGGUGCUAACCGUUCGAGGCAAGAGGAAGCACUGAAGAAGAACAAGCCUAUCAUAGUUGUUGGAACACCUGGCCGUAUUUCGGAAAUUUCAGCGGCGGGUAAGCUACAAACUCACAACUGUCGUUUUCUUGUACUGGAUGAAGUUGACCAGCUCUUAUCAUUUAAUUACCGCGAGGAUAUGCAUAGAAUACUGGAGCAUGUUGGAAGGAAACCUAGCACUUCAUCUUCUAGUCACAUCCUUGGUCCACUUGCUAGGCGGUCUGAGCGUCAGACAAUCUUGGUUUCAGCAACAGUGCCAUUUUCAGUUAUACGUGCAGCCAGGAGUUGGGGCCAUGAUCCAGUUCUUGUUAGGGCUAAGAGUGUAGUUCCGCUUGACUCGAUCACUGUUCCAAGGCCCAUGCUGUCCCAGGGUGACCCUAACUCUGAUUCUCCAACAAUGUCAGUGAAUCAAGCUGCAGUUGACAGCUUACCGCCCUCGUUGGAGCAUUACUACUGUACAACCAAGGCUCACCACAAAGUUGACACUUUAAGGAGAUGCAUCCACGCCCUGGAAGCAGAGACAGUGAUUGCAUUUAUGAAUAACACCAAGCCACUGAAGGAUGUUGUGUUUAAGUUGGAGGCCCGUGGGAUGAAAGCCAUCGAGCUACAUGGAGAUCUUGGGAAGCUUGCAAGGUCAACAGUCCUAAAGAAGUUCAAGGCAGGUGAAUUCAGGGUUUUGGUCACAAACGAGUUGUCCGCGAGAGGAUUGGACAUACCAGAAUGCGACCUUGUGAUUAACCUGGAUCUUCCCACAGACUCUACACAUUACGCCCACAGGGCUGGCCGGACUGGGCGUCUUGGGCGGAAAGGGACUGUGGUCUCAAUUUGUGAAGAAAGCGAGGCAUUUAUCAUGAGGAAAAUGCGCAAGCAGCUAGGUGUGGCCAUCAAGCCAUGCGAAUUCACUGAAGGCCAGAUUACCGUUCAUAAGGAGGAAGACGUGGAAUAAAAUCCUGCGAUGCUCAACUAUCUUUUUAGUUUGUCUUAAGUUGUACUGCUUUUCAUUGGCAUUUAGUCCGACUGUAUUUUCUUAAAAUGUUGCCACUUAAUACUUCUGCUCAGUGGAGACUACAUACAUUGGAAAAUACUUGGUACGUUUUUGCUGGUGGCAUUUAGCAGGGGUGCAGGCCAUUGAAAUCUGACAAUUACCAGUCUUUCCUGGUGACGCUUAGCUGUUUAUUUUUCAAUGUAUGGUUGAUGUUCAGCUGGAUUA